GAUAUCCCUAUCUCCAUAAGCUGGUUCAAGGGCCAUCGAACACGACCGACUUUACUGGCGAAAAAUGAGGAUUGUAGGACGCAUGGCGGCGCUAUGAUCAUGGUUGAAUACUAAGUUUAGCUAUAGGGAUACUACUUGCUGUUGACAAUGGAUGGAGAGACCUUUACUCUUUUAGAUGCUGAUUCCUUUGCAUAUAUAACUUUCCGGUCAAACAUCUCGUGAAUACCUCUGCCUCCUUUUCCUCUGCAAUGCCUUCCAGCGAUGAUAUAGAACGCCAAGUUUCACAGUUCCUCACGCUCCAACAAGUGGUUACUUGCCCAUUCUCUACCAUCUCAGCGAUGUUCUUCCUAUACGGUGCAAUAUCCACAAAAACUCCUCCGAGUCCUCGGGGUUAAUGCGCUGACCUCUAAUCACAGGAAUAUACAUUGUAUUAUUCGGACUAUCGAUCCGUGCAUUCUCUCGCCCCAAUAACCCUGCAUCCAAACUGUACAUCGCAGAAACCAUAACUCUGUUCGUGCUAGGAACCAUUUCCGUGGCCAUAAACACCUGGGGUGUCUCGCGACAAACCAGUCUCUACUACACUGCUGUAUUGACAAAAACCUACAGCACUCUGUAUACAUACCUUAUGGGGGAUACCUGGAAAAGUAUUUGGACUUCGACGACGAACCUUACCUCGUGCUUAAUGAAUGUAAUUGCCAACUCAACGCUGAUACACCGUUGUUAUAUCAUAUGUAAUUCCCGUAGAGCACUCCUAUACCCGCUCGCUUUAAUCGCCUUUGUUUUGAACGGCACCAAUUUUGGGUGCAUCAUCGCACUGACAGUCGGGAUCAACAAAACAGGGAAACACUUCAGUUUAGACUUUGUGUUGAAAGCAGAGGCGAUAAAGAACGGAGCGGCCAUUGGACUCGCCACCUUUCAAAUCGGAUUGGCUUUUAUUACAGCCGGGCGAAUUUGGUGGAUUACCCGGGAAGCAAGACUAUUCAUGGGAACCCGAACUCAGUCGCGAUACACUGCAAUUGUGGCGAUAAUUAUGGAAUCAGGACUGUUAUACGCAGCUUCCCUUGUAUACCAUGUCAUAUCCCAAAUAGCAGUCGCAAAGUGGUCUUUUAUUGGAAGAGGAGCCCUUGACCCUGUUGUAAUCGUCAUCCUGAUGUCGGGUAUCGCCCCCACAAUGGUCAACGUCCGGAUAGCGUAUGGAAAAUCUAUCGAUAGCGUGGAUCAGGUGGUAUCCACGUUAGACUUUGCUGCCGAACGAGGGAAUGAGAAUCAGCGAAUAUCUUUUUGGAGUGGUGCUGCGAGACAGUCUACUUUCCAUACCAUUGACCUUCAAUCUCUUGGGGUGCAGCAUAAUAUCGCGUGAGUCGAAAUACGGAGAAGUCUAACCCAUCAGUGAAAGACUCAAGAUGAUGGUGUAGAGGCUGUCUUGCAUUCCCUCGCAGCGCGAACGGCCACCUUAGCACUCCAAUGAAUCGGCGGAAACGAUCCCGUUGCAUGGCCUAAGUACAUUUUCUUGAAUCCGCUCAAAUCGAGCAUCAAAAAUCCAAGGG